AUGGAUCUUAGCCACCAGCUCGCUUGCUUUUUAACCAUUUUAUUUUUUUAGAGCCGCGAAGAGGGGGAGCUGUGGGGGCCUGCUAUGGUGGUGCCGCCGCUAUUCAUCUAGCCACCAUAGCCGCAUAUCGACUAAUAGCCGACUAGAGCUAAUUCAGAAGGCGGGACUUAUCGUCUGCUUGCGAUGAAUUUCACCGCUCUUCUGGCUCUUCCCCAGUGAUCAUGAGGUUAUGGCUGUUGGUGUGCGUCUGUAUCGCACAAUGUCAUUGCCACGAGUGGACCAAGGAUGCCAUCAAGAAUUACAGGGAUCGUGCAAAGGCCAUGUUUGAACAUGCCUACGAAGGAUACCUGAGACAUGCCUUUCCCUAUGAUGAGCUUCGUCCCCUGUCAUGUGAUGGUGCAGAUACCUGGGGUGGAUUCUCCCUGACCCUGGUGGAUGCUCUAGAUACUCUAGCUGUAAUGGGAAACCAAUCAGAGUUCCACAGAGUGGUCCAGCUCCUCAGCAGGGGGAUCAACUUUGAUCGUGAUGUGAAUGUGUCUGUCUUUGAGACUAACAUCCGAGUCGUGGGAGGCCUGCUAUCUGCACACUUGCUCUCUCAACGAAUGGGGAUGGAGCUGGAACCUGAUUGGCCAUAUGAGGGACCUCUACUUCGGAUGGCUCAUAACCUUGCCCAAAGGCUCUUGCCUGCUUUCAGUACAAAGUCAGGGAUGCCAUACGGGACGGUGAACCUAUUAUAUGGAGUUCCUGAGGGGGAAACGACUGUCACCUGUACAGCGGGUGUGGGCACCUUCCUUCUGGAAUUCGGGACUCUGAGCCGACUGACGGGAGACACAAGCUUAGAGGAAGCUGCACGCAGGGCUCUUGAUGCUCUGUGGAAGUCUCGAUCUCCCAUUGGACUGGUGGGCAACCACGUGGAUGUGCAGACUGGACAGUGGACGGCCCUAGAUGCAGGCAUAGGAGCAGGAGUGGAUUCUUAUUACGAGUAUUUGGUCAAAGGAUCUCUCUUGUUUCAGGAACCAACACUUAUGAACAUGUUUCAAGGUUCAAUAUCAAUUUUCUUCAAUUGUUCGGUCAAUUGGCAAAGUUGCUCUCUCUUGACAGGAUACUUGAACGUAAUCAACAAGUAUGUAAGACGUGAUGACUGGCAUCCCUGGGUGAGCAUGGGAUCUGGCCAAGUUACUCUUCCAGUUUUUCAGUCCCUAGAAGCCUUCUGGCCUGGACUACUGAGCCUGGUGGGAGACCUAGAAGCAGCUCGCAAGUCCCUAUAUAACUACUACCAAGUGUGGAGACAGUACGGCUUUACACCAGAGUUUUAUGACGUGGGACAUUUCAGAGCCAGUGCCAAACGAGAAGGCUAUCCCCUCAGGCCAGAGCUUGUGGAGAGCAUCAUGUACUUGUACCAGGCCACAGGGGACAAACACUUCCUUGACAUGGGUGCAGAUAUUAUGGAAUCCAUCCAACACAGUGCACGCACCCUCUGCGGAUAUGCCACAGUAAAAAAUGUGUUUGAUCACCAACUAGAGGACCGCAUGGAAUCCUUCUUCCUCGCGGAGACCACUAAGUACCUGUACCUGCUCUUUUCGCCGGAUCACUAUCUCCAUGGAAGCAUCUUCAACACAGAGGCUCACCCCAUCGACCCUUCUGUGGUCCUUCAGAAACUCAAGAUGCCCUCCAUCAACCUUGACCACCUACUGUUACCAGAACCAGGACAACCAGUCGAGGGGAUGACACUUAAAGGCCAUCACGAAGAAGGCACACUCAGCUGCCCUGCAAGGCCCUUUGUGGCUGCAAGGCUCGCUUUCUGCGGACAAAUGUUUCAUGGCCCACAAUAAAAUGUUCCCACGGUGGUCCAAUU